CGCGAUAUUUGCUUUCACUCGCCUCAACUAUGGCGGCAUCCAAAAGAAAACGUGGAGGAGAGGGAUCGUUUCACUUAAAGCCAAAAAAGGGUAAAAUUGUUGUAGACGACAGCAAAACACAAGAAAAUGCCAAACAAGAGACGAAAAAUGAAAUUACAGUCCCAGCACCGGUUUCAAUGGGCAAAUGGACCAACAAGGAAAGAGUUCUCAUCUUCUCUUCAAGAGGAAUCGACUUCAGAACAAGACACUUAAUGCAGGACCUAAGAACCAUGAUGCCUCAUUCAAAAGCAGAUACAAAAAUGGACAGGAAGGACAAGUUGUUUGUUGUCAAUGAGGUGUGCGACAUCAAAAAUUGCAACAAAUGCAUAUUUUUUGAGGCUAAAAAGAAGCAGGACCUGUACAUGUGGAUCGCCAAUAGCCCUCAUGGACCGUCUGCAAAGUUUCUGGUACAGAAUAUUCAUACGCUGGCUGAGAUCAAAAUGACAGGAAACUGCCUGAAAGGAUCCAGACCACUGCUCUCAUUUGAUCCUAAAUUUGACACUGAGCCCCAGUAUGCUGUACUGAAAGAGCUCUUCAUUCAGACAUUUUCCACUCCCCGCUACCAUCCUAAGAGUCAGCCUUUUGUGGACCACGUCUUCACAUUCACCAUCGCAGACAAUAGAAUAUGGUUUAGAAAUUACCAGAUCAUGGAGGAGGAUGCUGCUCUGGUGGAGAUCGGUCCUCGAUUUGUUCUUAACCUCAUGAAGAUCUUUCAGGGAAGCUUUGGAGGGCCCACUCUCUAUGAAAACCCACUCUACCGGUCCCCUAACUUGCACCGACGAGAGCUCCGGCUGGCAGCGGCAGCUAAAGUGCGAGAGAAGCAGCUGGUGAAAGACCUAAAGAAGAUAAAGAAGGCAGAAGUGAAGGUAAACGUGGACGCCGAUGUUACAGCUGACGUCUUCCUCACGCCAGCCGAGGAGAAGCCUGUCCACAUUCAGACAGAGGCUCCUGAGCCAAAAGUGAUGAAGAAGAACAAACGCAAAGCUUUCAAAAGGCAAAGGAUGCAGAUGGCUCGCAGAUAACUGAACGGACUGGAUUGAUUUGAAUGGAUGACUUACUGCUGCCAUAAUUUAUCUCUGAUAUCCUUAGACAAGUCAAGCUUUCAGCUUCUGGUUGGCUUUUUGGAAAACACACUUUGUGUUGCCAUAAUAUGAAAACUGACUCGUAUUUUUCAGACGAUAAGGCGCAUUAAGUUAAAACAGAUAAGUCAAACUUUAUUCAACUCAUUCAC